GUCUGUUAGCCAUCAAAUGAUUGUGACUGGGAAUAAUGCUUGAGGACUUCUGCUGCUUGGCCUGGAUGGAUAUGAGAUUUUGAAUAAGAAACUGCACGGAUCAAUCUUCGUGAUUGGCUGCUGGCAACAUCAUUUGCUGAUUCCACUGUGGGACAUCAGAAACAUAAAAGAAAAAAGCAAUUACCUGACUAAGAUGACUCGCAAAAGACCUGUCAAUUCUGGGUUGUUAAUAGUCGUAGCACUUGAGCCUCUCAUGGGUGCAUGGAUGUGGAGGUGAAAAGGAGCACUCUUGGUAUGAAGUCUGGUGGAUAAGCGUCUUUUGUGACCUUGGAUCUUUUCAGAGGCUGAAGUUGGAUUCCAGCAGGGACACAUGGUCCAGAGUGACAAGACCAUCUGCUGAAGCGCCAGCACUGCAGUGGGAGGGUGGACAGAAAUGAAGGGGCGGUUUGAGGGGGGGGUAAGGGUACAGAGAAUUCUUCCCCCUUGAGUGUGGAGGGAGCAGAUAUUCUGGGAGAUCGCUGCCAGAACCUUGGAUUGGGACUUUUUUCUUGAGCGUUACAUUUUUUCCUGGAAAUUGACCAGAGGAUUAGUUUGGCAUUUUUAAUCUCAAUGAUGGCAAUUUGGGGAUUUUUCGGCAGAUUUCUCGAUGUGAUGAGCAAUGGGAAUCAAGAUUUUUCUUCAUCUCUUCGCUCUCGAAGCUGAGAGUUGUGGAAUAGAGAAGCCAGUGGCUGCCAAGCUCUAAUGUGGAUUAUCGAUAGCGCAAGUUCUCUUUUGGCACAUUAACUUUAAAACCCCAAACGUACGAUUGCACAUCCCCAGAGGGCUGUAGAGCCAAACGAAUGAUUAUUUUUAUGAGGGACUUUGUAGCAGAAAUGGGUCAGGACCAAACCAAACAGCAGAUUGAGAAGGGAUUGAAGAUGUACCAGUGUAAUGAUACGGAAAAGGCUUUAUAUGUCUGGAUGAAGGUGUUGAGGAAGACAACCGAUCCUGGUGGGAAGUUUCGAGUUUUAGGGUGUCUGAUCACAGCACAUUCGGAAAUGGGGAAAUACAAAGAGAUGCUACAGUAUUCCUUAGCUCAGAUAAACACAGCCAGAGAGAUGGAGGACCCGGACUACUUGACGGAAGGCUACCUAAACCUGGCUCGCAGCAACGAGAAGCUUUGCGAUUUCCAGAAAACUGUCUCGUAUUGCGAGACCUGCCUAAACAUGCAGGGUACCACUGUUAGCCUGCAGCUCAACGGGCAGGUGUGUCUGAGCAUGGGCAAUGCAUUUCUAGGCCUUAGUGUUUUCCAAAAGGCCUUGGUGAGCUACGAGAAGGCUCUGCGAUACGCUCACAACAAUGAUGACAAGAUGUUGGAGUGCAGGGUUUGUUGCAGUUUGGGAAACUUCUACAUCCAGCUGAAGGAUUAUGAGAAAGCGCUAUUCUUUCCUUGCAAAGCAGCUGAACUUGUGAAUGACUACGGUAAAGGGUGGAGUCUAAAGUACCGUGCCAUGAGUCAGUACCACAUGUCGGUGGCCUACAGAAAGCUGAUGCGCUUACCAGAUGCCAUGGAAUGCUGUGAGGAAUCAAUGAAGAUUGCAUUGCAGCAUGGAGAUCGGCCUCUUCAGGCAUUGUGUCUGCUUAACUUUGCUGAUAUUCAUCGCUGCCAAAAAGAUGUUGAUAAAGCAUUCCCUCGCUAUGAGUCCUCCAUGUGUAUAAUGUCAGAGAUUGGCAACCGUCUUGGACAAGCAUCCAUCCAUGUAGGAGUGGGGAAGUGCUGGAUUCUACAAAAGGAAUAUGACAAGGCACUAGACUCAUUGCAGCGAGCACACAAUCUGGCAGAGGCGAUUGGAAACAAGCUGUGCAUUCUGAAGGUGCACAGUCUGUGUGAAGCCGUCUACCGCUGUAAAGAACAGCAGGAAGAGUUGAGAGAGCAGGUGGUGAAGUUCCUGCAGUGUGUGGAGGAGCUGGAGCUUUAUUGUGGCAUGUGCGGGGAAUCUAUCGGAGAGAAGAACCAACAGCUUCAAGCCUUGCCCUGCUCUCACAUAUUCCACCUCAAGUGUCUGCAGACGAAUGGUACGAAGGGCUGCCCGAAGUGUCACCACUCAUCUUUGAAGCUGGGAUUUGUAUGAGGUUACAGACCUCCCUUGGACAAAACGGAUAAAUCCCAUCACAGUGACACAUAUCUGGGAGGAAAGGAUCUAGCGCCAUCUUCCAGGAAGCUUAUUGCCACAACAAAAGUUUUUCCGAUGUUUCCAUCAUAUCAUUAUAGCAACUGGAAAUGAUGAUGAAUGAUGAACGUGGACUCAUAGCCCAACGCAGAGAAGUCAGCAAAAGGGUGUUUCUCUACGAACUAUUGACAUGAGGUCUGAGGACGGAACUGAAGUUACAAUGGCAUUAGUUUAAGACAGAAACUCUUGUCAUUGGUUCGUGCAGUGUUGCUGUUCUGCCAAUGAGGAUAAUGAGAGGUGAGUGCAUUACUGCUAUUUUAUACCACGGGGCUGUUGAAUGCUUCAUUCUGAUUGGCUGACGAACGUUCGACUGGUGUGCAUUAUUUUUAGUUAAACCACACCUAUGAAGUAGUUCCAGAUUUGUCGACUGAAUUACAGUUCCACUGCGCCCAGUUUGCCUACUGUCCACCACUGAAUACGUAUCUAACAAUAGACAAAGUGACAGUCAAAUUCCAUUGUCUGAGAAGAAGUAACUAUUAAUAUUUAUGAUGCAUGAACAUUUGAACAACAAUGGCGAGAGCACUGUACAGGACUGUUCAGACGAAAUACUAAAGCAUAUAUCAAAGGUAACAGCAAACUACAUGACACAAUCAGCGGGUUAAAGAUAAAACACGAAGCACAAAAAUAACAAAAACAACAUCUUAAAUUCGUCUGUGGAAUGGGUAAACGGGACUUAAAACACACAGCAGGAAGCUUGCUAUGCCACUGCGAGAACCGCAGCUGGCGCAGAAACCUCCGUGUCACUUUUUUCUCUUAAUACUUUUCUUAUACGACAGGGGUGUUAAAUACGAAGAAAACAAAUCAAAUAUAGAUACUUGACUUUUCACUCUCAGUGAAGCAAACGCGUGUGCAUGUGCACUGUCUGUUUUCCUCUCGCUCUCGGAAAACUGCAUAUGCAGACUCAAGCAACGCCUUCAGAUGAGAUGCGUAAGAAAUUAGUCCUACCAGCAAGUGCAUUCCAGGACAAAUACCAUACAAAUGUCUUGAGAUAAAACAUCGUAACAAUGUCUUGUGGUAUCGGAACCAGAGGUGUAAAGAGUACCUGAAAACCAUACUUAAGUAAAAGUACAGAUACCUUGCAGUGAAAAUUACUCCAUUACAAGUUACAAGUCACCAAUUCCAAAACGACUUGAGUAAAAGUCUUCGAGUAUCUGAUUUGAACAGUACUUGAGUAUUUUACUCAUACUGAAUGUAGGCUCAAAGAAGCACUAGUCCUCAACAUGUCAGUGGAAAAACUAGAAACAGUCGAUUUGUGAGGAGAGCAAUCGCAUUUAUUUUCUUAAAUCAUAAUAAGACUGAACACCUCAAAAUUGCAACAAAUCAU